AUGGCCAUCUCACCCAGCUCGGAGCUCCUCUCCCAGCCCCAACAAUGGCCGCUCCUCCUCCUUCUGGCACUCGUCUCCCUCGUGCUCUUAACGAGGAGACUGAGCAACAAAGGGCUCAAGCUACCGCCAGGCCCAGCCCGGGCUCCAAUCCCGGGGAACCUGCACCAGCUAGGCGUGCUGCCGCACCGGAGCUUACGGGAUCUUGCGCGGAAGCACGGGCCGGUGAUGCAGCUGCAGCUCGGCACCGUGCGGACGGUGGUGGUGUCGUCGGCUGAGGCGGCGCGCGAGGUGAUGAAGACGCACGACGAGGACUGCUGCACCCGACCCGUGUCCCCCGGGAUGAAGCGGUUGUCCUACGGCCUCAAGAACGUCGGGUUCGCGCCAUACGGCGCCUACUGGCACGCCAUGCGCAAGUUCUUCGUGGUCGAGCUCUUCGGCGUGCGCCAUGUCGAGGCAGCAUGGCAUGCACGCCAGCAUCAGGUGGACAAACUAAUGAACACCUUGAGCGGCUUGGCCGGAGAGACGGUAGCGCUCAAGAAGCACAUCUUAAGCCUGGCCGAUGGCAUCAUCGGCAUGCUUGGAUUUGGCGACAUGCACAACAGCGACAAGUUCCCACACCACAAGAACUUGGAGCACGUGCUUGAGGAGGCCAUACACGUGCAGUCCAGCUUUUCCGCGGAGGACUAUUUCCCCAACAUCGUCGGCCGCCUAGUCGACCAAAUCACUGGCCUCGCAUCUCGUCGUGAGCGGGUCUUCAAGCUGCUUGAUACAUUCUUCGAGGUCAUCAUUGAGCAGCAUCUUGACCCUCAACGUGUCAAGCCACACAACGGUGACCUCGUUGACCGUCUCAUCGAUCUAUGGAAGGACACCAGUGGCAACCUCAACAUCACAAGAGACCAUGUCAAGGGCAACAUAUUUGGCACGUUCAUUGGUGGCUCGGACACGACCACGGCGACGAUUCUAUGGGCGAUGGCAGAGCUGACCCGGAAUCCACGACUACUGGAGAGGGUGCAAGACGAGAUCAGGGCCGUGGUGGGAGGCAAUGACAGGGUGCGACCAGACGAUCUGUCCAAGCUGGUCUACCUCAAGAUGGUGGUGAAGGAGACCCUACGGCUGCACCCACCAGCGACGAUGCUACUGCCGAGGGAGGCCAUGCGGGACAUCCGAAUUGGGGGCUAUGACGUAUUGGCCAAGGCGCGAAUCUAUGUGAACGUGUGGGCCAUUUGUAGGGACCCGGCAAGCUGGCCAGACGACCCGGAGGAUUUCAAACUGGAGAGGUUUGAGACGAGCGAGAUAGACUUCAAGGGAGGGCAUUUUGAGCUAACUCCAUUCGGCGCAGGGCGGCGGAUAUGCCCUGCACUGUCUAUGAGCACGGCCACCGUGGAGUUCACUCUGGCCAACCUGCUAUACCUCUUCGAUUGGGCGCUCCCCGAGGGGAUCGUGAUUAGCGUGCAGGAGGAAGGCGAGCUUAUCCCCCUCCUACAGACACCGCUCUUGCUGGUGCCCACCCCAUACCAGCACAUCUGA